AUGAUACCUUUAUACACAAACUACAACGCAAACAACAAACAACAGGGUAUUAAAAAGUUUAUUCCAUUGUUGGACCGUAUCUUGAUUGAAAAGUUGAGUGUACAAUCUCAAACAGCCGGUGGUAUCUAUUUGCCACAAAACAAGAGUAACGAAAAUCAAGCACGUGUUGUUUCAGUUGGUACUGGAAUCUUGAAAUCAGACGGCUCUUUUGCUGGAACCAUCGUCAAGGAAGGUGACACUAUCAUCAUCAAUGCCAACAAGCCAUUACAACCUAUUUUAAUGAACGACAAGACAUACUAUCUUAUGAGCGAAUCUGAUGUCUUGGGUAUCGCCGAACUUAAACAAUAA